AUGGCUUCAGGACACGGUCUCCACGGCGGUCCCUCCCGCUGCUACCCCUUCUGGCAAGAGGUUCUUGGGUGCUAUGUUGUGAACUCAGGGGAGGGUGAAGCUGGCAAGAAGAAGUGCGCUCCCGCGCUGGAAGAUUACUAUGAGUGCCUCCACCACCGGAAAGAGGCUCUCCGUACGAUGAAGAUGCAGGCCGCGUACCGCAAGGCAGAGGCUGCUCACCCACGUGAGAACGCCCCCAAGGCCGAGCAGAUCCGCAGUCUGGGUCUGCUAGGAAAGGAGGAAGAGGCAAAGGCUGUUCUCGCCGCUCAGCGGUCAUAG